AUGGGGGUGUCGGUCACAUAUCAAGUCAACAACGCCUACUACACAAGUGGGUACUACUUGACUGACGGCAUCUAUCCCAAUUGGCCUGUAUUCAUGAAGAGUCCUACACAUCCGACGGAUCCGAAAGGGAAGAGGUUCCAAGUGAUGCAGGAAGCGGCUCGCAAGGAUAUUGAACGAGCCUUCGGCGUCCUUCAAGCUCGUUGGGCAAUCGUCAAAGGCCCAGCGCGUCUUUGGAGCAAGGAGGCGAUGAGUGACAUCAUGUUCACGUGCAUCAUUUUGCACAACAUGAUCAUCGAAGACGAAGGCGAGCAAGCAACACAGUGGGAAGAAGACGCCGACGAAGCUUCGAGUAGCGCCGCAUCUCAACCUCAUGUCGGUGCUCUGUCGGAUUUUCGUGCUUUUGUUGCACGACAAGCAUCCAUGCGAGACGCGGAGAUGCAUGCUCGCCUCACAUUGGAUUUGAAGGAGCACAUUUGUAGAGGGAGAGAGACUGGCGGCGGCGGCGAGCUGUUGUCGCCGGUAAUAGGAGAAGAAGCAGGGGUGGUGGUUUUGUGA